AAAGCAGUGUGAAAAACCAGAGGAGCAGAUCAACCUUCAGCAGAGUUUAGCUGUGUGUUUCAGCUGUACUGAAUCAGAACCUGCUCUCAGAUCAGAGAUGGACCUCAGAGUUCUGCUGCUGCUCCUGACCUUCACCUUCACCUUCACCUGCAUCCAAGGUGCGGUUCCAAAGUGCUGUGUCCAGACGUCCCGCAUCCCGCUUUCCAUCCUGCAGGAAGUGGAGAAGGUUGAGGUGCAGAGUCGUCAUGGGGCCUGCGAGAUCGACGCCCUGGUGCUGCACCAUAAUGGGAAGAAGUACUGCGCCAAACCCAGAGCAAAGAAGGUUCUGGAGACCCUGCGCCACAUCAAGCUGGGGACUCAGCACAUGGCUUAAGUGAGGAGAUACGUGGGUUAUACACUGAGGAGAUAUUCCUGUACUAUUCCUGUCAUUUCGUUCUUCCUCUAAUCAGAAUUGCAUUCAUUUCUUUUUUAUUCACAAUUAAUCGCUAACUGUGCAUUAUAUUUCGAUUGGGUGCUGAAUGAUUUAUUCACGAUUUGAAACCACAAAACACUAAAUAUGACCAAUUAUCUUUCCAACUAAAUAUCCAACUCAAUUUCAUUACCGGAGGCUCCGAGUGGUCCAGCACAUUAAGGCGCUGUCACUGUGAUCUGAGGAUCGCCGGUUCGAUUCCCAGAUCACGCUGCUUCUCCAUCAGCAGCCGGAGUCCGAGCGAGACUGGCACGAUUGGCCGUGCUGUUUCUCUCCUCAUCACUCCUCAUCAUUGUGGUGUUGUGAUGUCUGUAUCAGAGGAGGCAUGCUCUUGUCCUGAUCCUUGUAGUUUUGGGGACAUUGUGGGAUAAAAUGAGUAAUUAUUAAUUAAUAACAGCUAAUAACUAAGAGGUGACAUAUAGACAAGGUGACAUUUGUUUCUCCUAAUUUUACUUUGACUUUUAUCUUUUCUGACGUGUGUCUCUGAAACUGAUUCACAUUAAAAAUGUCAACAUUUCUGUCUCAUCAGAAAUUCUGCUUGUUUGUUUAUUUUAGUAGUAAAUAAUGUGUUUUAUUCUACUUUUAACCUUAAUAAAUUUGACCUCAGCUAUUUAAACCUCAAGAAAAUUAAAAUAAUAAUUAGGCAUGUUAUAAAAUAUAUCUAUCAGGUAUUUUACUUGUAUUUACUUUUAUAUACAUGAUAUUUUAAUAUAUAUGUAAUAUUAUUAUUUAAUGUUUAUGUUGCAUUAGGGUUAAAGCAUCGCGGGUCCACUAUUCUAUUUGUUCUCUUGAGAGCGCCCUCUAGUGUCUGAAAAUGCUAUGACUGGUUUCUUUAUGAGAAUACACAACUGCAACAAAAUACAA